GUUUCACCUCCCUUGCAUCGUUCACUAGGUAGCCAGACAGAUUGCCGUAAUCAGUUCCGCUUCAUUAAUCUCAUUGCCACCAUUUAAACUUGUAUACACAGCGCAACUGGUACCAUCAGCAUGGGAGUAAAACCGCGCGAAGGUGAUUCAUUGACCAACCCUAUCGACCUCGACUUCGAUGAGUCGUGUGAUUCCACUCAACAUGCACGCCCGAGCACUACUCACAAGAUCAAUCCUACAACCACAAAGAAACGGAAGAGUACAGCAGGAUAUGAGUGUGAUAUAAUGGCAGUUGGCGAAAGUCCAAAAAAGAAGGCGAAAAAGCGAGACACGGCAGAAGAGAAGCGACUCAGGAGAUGGCGAGAGAAACCUCCAAGGUCAUACUGGGAGAUUCGAGAUCGUGCGCUCACGCAGCGAAUGUUCGUAGUCGAUCGUGAAAGGAUAGCCGGCGAGAUACCUGAAGAAGUUAUCGACUUAGCAGGUACAAGCGGCAAUAUCUACACCAUCAGGAUUGGACUGGUACCAUCUUGUAAUUGCCCACAUGCUCGAAAAGGCAAUCAAUGCAAGCACAUCAUCUACGUGCUAUCGCGGGUUCUUAAAGCUCCUGACAAUCUACGAUACCAGCUUGCCUUCAUCUCCUCGGAACUCCGUAUGAUCUUCGAUGGCGCGCCGCCGAUACCCUCCGCAGAUGCCUCUGAAUCCGAUGGUAAUCGAAAACCUGUUGAGGACGACUGUCCAAUCUGCUGUGAGGAAAUGGAGAUAAACAAAGAAAAGAUAGUUUGGUGUAAAGCAGCAUGUGGAAAUAACAUGCAUAAGCAAUGCUGGGAGCAAUGGGCCGCUACCAAAUCAUCGCAAAGCUCAGUCACUUGCCCGUACUGUAGAGCCAUAUGGCAGCAGGACGACGAUGUUGAUAUUAGGAAGCACGCGAAGACCGGGACCAAAAAUGAUGAAGGAUACGUCAACGUAGCGUCCCAACUCGGGCUCACUGGGAAAAGAGACUACAGCACGUAUAAUGAUUACUGGCGCUCCCGCAACUCGAAUUACGAUAACGAUUACUACCGUGGAUAUGGCUGAGGAGACUUUAACACAUUACGAUGGGUUGAUUCAACCUCUCCUAGUAGCUUCUACUCGAAGGUUGAGGAACUGAGUAUCAAGGCCUAUCUUACUUCCGUGCAGU